UUUACUCUUAAAAAAAAUAAAAAUAACAAUUUUUACAAGCAGACUCGGGAGAUACAGAUUCACUUUUUGCAGGUCGAUUUAUAUAAAUAGACGAUGUAUCUCUGCAAAGUUAUUCAUUCGACAAAUCAACAAUCAAGCAUUCAAAUCUAUAACAAAAUUUUAUUGAAUAGAAUUGAAAAAACAAAUUAAAUUUUUUACAUUCUAUUCUCAAUCUCAUCUCCAUUCAUUUGCUAUUUAAGCAUUCAUAGUGCAAGAAUCAGUUUUGUGAUAAAUAAAAAAGUUUACAAAGUUUAAUAGAAUAAAAAUGAUGAAGCUCGCAAUUGUAUCAACUCUCCUAUUAGCAAUGGCACUUGCUGAACCACCAAGCUCAUACUUGCCACCACAAUCGAGAAACUUUAAUGGAAACUUUGGAGGACAAGCAAGAAGAGGAGGUGCCGCACUAAAAACCCAAUAUGGUGCUCCGUCACAAUCACAAUCAACUAACCGUGGAUUUGCCCCACGAACAAAUUAUGGACCACCAUCUGCUGUAGCUGCUUCAGCUCCUUCAACAAACUAUGGAGCCCCAUCAGCCCCAUCGACAAACUAUGGUGCCCCAUCAGCUCCAUCGACAAAUUAUGGUGCCCCAUCAGCUCAGGAUUUCAACAACUUUGACAACCAACGUGCCAACAGCUAUCAACAAGCUCCAUCAAGCCAAUAUGGUGCUCCAUCAGCUGCUGAUUCCUCAUCAUCAUACAACAAUGCUGGAUAUUCAAACGGGCCUUCAGCAGGUGGAUAUGCGAAUGGAGGAUAUGAAGAACCAGCCAAAUACGAAUUCCAAUAUGAUGUUCAAGAUGAAAUUGCUGGACUCGAUUUCGGACACAAGGAACAACGUGAAGGAAGCGUUGCAACUGGAAAAUACUACGUUCUCCUUCCCGAUGGUCGCAAACAGAUUGUUCAAUAUAUCGCUGACGAAAAUGGAUAUCGUCCAACAAUCACAUACGAAGAUACAGGUCGUUACAAUAACAAUGCACAACAAAGCGGUUAUGACAACAAUGCUCAAGGCUUUGGCGGAUAUUAAAUAAAGGAAGUCGGAAAAUUUUAGCGCAAACAAAAAUUAAUUAUGGUAUAUGAUUCGAAUCAAUGUAAAAUGUUUUUCUGUAAGCAGAAAAAUAUAAAUUUAACGGAUACUCCUCGAGAUAUGAUGAUGAAUUUAGUCAGUUAAUUUUUUUAUACAUUUACUACUUUUAAUAUUUAAGGCAUUGUGAGAAAAAAAAGGAUACACAAAUGUUAAUUAUUAAAAAACAAGCUUAAAUUGCAAGAACAUAAAGGUGCAGAAAGUAUUUUGACAAAUUUCUAAUUUAAUAUUUAAUGACCUCUGAACCUUUUUGCAAUUUAACUGUGCUGUUUAUUAUUUAACAAUGUAUUCUAAGGUAUCAAAUUUAUGAAACUUUUUAUGUUGCCAAAAAAAUGACAUUUCCUAUCCUUUUUCCUUUUAUCUCCUUCUUCUCCGCUCUAAAAAGAUAAAGAAUUCUGUCAACUUUUGUUGCAAAAUUUCUAAGAUAUCCUCAUUUUGUAAAUAUAAACUAUCUAAUUAAUCUCAUAAUAUGAAGAAGCCAU